AAUAGAGGAGGAGUCGAAAAUGAGGAACUGUAACGAGAUUCAGUCCACUCAGGACAACGCCCGCUAAAGUUGGCAACAAAAGUCCGACACAUUCCCGCAGACCAACGCAUCCAUUCAACUCAACGGGUGUUGUCUUUCUGUCUGAAUUCAGCGGUUCAGUAGCAUUUUUAACUCUUCAUCUCCAGAUUUCUCCAGAGACCUUCUCUCUUUUACAAUGGCAGCGUUGGGUGACCGUGGAACUGUGACUGAGGCAUCAGACUUCAAACCAGAGGAAGAUGCCCAGAAAAUCUAUAGCGCUAUGAAAGGAGCAGGCACAAAUGAGGCAACUAUCAUCGAGAUCCUUGCUCAUCGCACUAUUGCACAAAGGCAGAAAAUCAAAGAGGCUUUCAAACAGUCUGUGGGAAAGGAACUGCUUGAUAACUUUAAGUCAGAGCUUACUGGAAACUUUGAGAAGGUUGUGGUUGGUUUGAUGAUGCCAGCUCCGGUGUAUGAUGCAUAUGAACUGAGAAACGCCAUCAAGGGUGCAGGGACAGAGGAGGCAUGUCUUAUUGACAUCCUGGCCUCCAGAACCAAUAGUGAGAUUAAGGACAUUGUCGCUACUUACAAGAAAGAAUACAGCAAGAGUCUUGAGGACGAUGUUUGCGGUGACACUUCUGGAAUGUUCCAAAGGGUCUUGGUCUCUCUACUCACGGCUGGGCGUGACGAGAGCACCAAGGUAGAUGAGGCUCAGGCUGUCCAGGAUGCAAAGGACAUCUACGAGGCAGGCGAGGCUCGCUGGGGAACGGAUGAGGUCAAGUUCCUCACCGUGCUGUGUGUGAGGAACAGAAAUCACUUAAUCCAAGUGUUUAAAGAGUAUCAGAAAAUUGCUGGUCGGAGCAUUCAAGACAGCAUUAAAAGAGAGAUGUCUGGCUGUUUGGAGGACGUUUUUCUGGCAAUAGUGCAAUGCAUGAUAAACAAACCAGCAUUUUUUGCAGAAAGGCUUUACAAGUCAAUGAAGGGUUUAGGCACCACAGAUAGCGUGCUGAUCAGGAUCAUGGUGUCUCGCGCUGAGAUCGACAUGCUUGACAUCAAGUCUGAGUUUCUAAAGAUGUAUGGAAAAACCCUUCACUCCUUUAUAAAGGGUGACACGUCGGGAGAUUACCGUAAAAUCCUGCUGGAGUUGUGUGGAGGUGAAAAGUAGCUGAGCCAUGAGGGGCCGCCACAUCUGUCUUGUUCAUCUCUAUCUCACACAUUGGCCUACAACAUUUCAAACACAUUCCUUCUUUGUAAUAACAAUUAAAACCAAAUAGUAAUGUUUUAAACAGGUUUUUUAAACUUUAACCGUAAAUUUUUUUUUAUUGCCUUAAAAUUUAUGAGACUCUUUUAUAGAAGGGCACAUCUUAGAGUUUGUCAAAUAAAUAAAAGCCCAUAUUGACCCGUAUUUACUUUUUUUUUUUUUUUUGUCUUGCUGGAUACUUUUCUAAUCCCAGUAAUUUCUUUAAUUACUCAGAAUACAGUUUGUUUAAUGGUACAACAAUGUUUACUUGGUUAAAUUAGAGUAAUUGCUCAUGGUCGGUUUCACAAGCAUAUCAGAUCUACUGUAGUCUUUAUUUUAUUGGAUUAGAGGUUUUACAAGAUAUGUGCAUUCAAGGAAUAGUUCCCAAAAAUGAAAAUUCUUUCUCUGACAAUUUACUCACCCUCAUGCCAUUCCAGAUGUGUAUGACUUUCUUCUUCCAAACACAAGAUAAAGAUUUUUUGAAGAAUAUCUCAGCUCUGUAGGUCCAUACAAUGCAAGUGAAUGGUGACCAAAUCUUUGAAGCUCCAAAAAGAACAUAAAUGGAGCAUAAAAGUAAUCCACAUGACUACAGUGUUUAAACCUUCAGAAGCAAUUUGAUUGGUGUGUGUGAGAAACAGAUCAAUAUUUAAGUCCUAUAAAUUCUUCUCCCUGCCCAGAAGGUGGCAGUAUGCACAAAUAAUGUGAAUUGCCAAAAACAAAAGAAGAAGGUGAAAGUGAAAGUGGAGAUUGAUAAUAAAAAGGACUUAAAUAUUGAUCUGGUUCUCACCCAUUGAUUUUGUUUCUCUGCCUUUGUGCAUUUUGGAGCUUCAAAAUGUUGGGUCACCAUUCACUUGCAUUGUGGGGACCUACAGAUAUAUUCUUAUAAAAAUCUUCAGUUUGUGCUCCGCAGACGAAAGAAAGUCAUAUACAUCUGGUAUGGCAUGAGGGUGAGUAAAUGAUGAGAGAAUUUUCAGUUUUGGCUGAACUAUCCCUUAAACUGAACAGCAAGUGGACUGGGCUUCUCUGAGAAUUAUGGAAAAAAUAACUGACAAAAAGCAGAGUUUAUUGACACUUACCACUAAGUGGUGCUGUGCACAUACUUUUUGGCCCUUGGCCAUCAGUCACAGGGUUAUACAAGUGGAGCUGUCAAUGGAUUAUUUGGUGGUGAGAACCUUUUCAUUCCUUGCACUUUCUGUCUUGCAUGAAGCAGAGCGCUGCUGUCAGUUUUCAUCAGGCACAAAAUCUGCCUUGAAACUCUUAAAAAUAUCAGUCUUUUUUUUUUUCUUUUACAACAAAGGGUCAAAGUAAGAGCUCAACCUUCAGAAAGUGUUGUAUGUCCAUUUUAUACAUUGAGUUUGAUAUAUCUUAUGAGGUUUACAAUCUGUGCAAACCUGAAUACAGUAAAAAAAAUAAUAAAAAUUA